AUGGAUGACCAAAAUUUGAAGAUUGCGGACCUAAAGCAUCCAAUGGAAACUCAAGAGAUAAAAGUUCAGCAGAAUCAACUGCCUAUUGAAGAUCCAGAAAAUAAGAUCUUAUAUGAAGUUCAGAAUGUAGAACUUAUUAAUGAUGUCCAGAAGGUAGAGGAAUUUAUUAAAAUCGGAGUUCAGGAGAAGGAAAAGCUGCCGAAUGAAAUUCAGGAUCUGGAAAAGAUGCCCUUGAUGAACAUUAAAGAUAAUUUUAAACAGCAAGAACCUGCCAAAGAUGUUCAGGAUGUGGGGAAGCCAUUAUCAUCCGCCUCUCAGUCAUCAAUUCAUCGCUCUGGUCGCGUGAUUCCACCCAUGCCCUCGGAAGAAACAAUGCGCCACUCCAUAGCCGACAACUUAAUGGAGAUGUUGGUGAGCGAUCCUCUACAGGCACGCAGUCGUAUCCUUGGUAUCCUGCAGCAAAUCGACGAGAAGCGUGGGACUCGUAGAUAAAUCGCCAUAAAUACAACGAGGAAUGUCUACCUAAACCAAAAUGAAGCAUCCUGCAACAUCAUUACAUUUAGAAGGCCUUUGUCUUUCGAAUCAUAUCGUUUAAAAUGGGAUUCGGAGAUAAAUUACCAUAAAUACAUCACGGAAUGUCUUUCUAAACCAAAAUGAGGCAUCCUGCAACAUCACUACUUUUUCGAUUCGGAGAUAAAUUACCAUAAAUACAUCACGGAAUGUCUUUCUAAACCAAAAUGAGGCAUC